AAACACUUUCAACUAGAGAAAGCGGACGAACAAAAUCUCCCAAUAAUCUUCCGUUUUUUUGGUUUUGUUACGAACUUUUCUUAGAUCUUGCUGAUUCUGGAUUUCGUCUGGAAGUAUUCGAGAGGCGAGGAAAUUAUGAGGGAAGAAGAAAUUGAGAAGAUCCGAGGCGUGGUUCGAGACUGCGUCAGUAAGCACUUGUAUUCGUCAGCCAUCUUCUUCGCCGAUAAAGUAGCGGCUCUUACCAAUGAUCCAGCUGACAUAUAUAUGCAAGCUCAAGCUCUAUUCCUUGGCCGCCACUACCGUCGCGCCUUUCACCUUCUUAACGCUUCUAAGAUUGUCCUCCGAGAUCUUCGAUUCCGUUACCUCGCCGCCAAGUGCCUCGAGGAAUUGAAGGAGUGGGAUCAGUGUCUCUUGAUGCUUGGUGAUGCGAAGGUUGAUGAAGAUGGAAUUGUGUAUGAUGCUAAAGACGGGAACGUGAUAGAUUUUGAUAAAGAUGGAGAGGACCGAGAAAUUAAUAUAUCAUCGGCGAUAUGCUUUCUAAGAGGAAAAGCAUACGGAGCCUUACAAAACCGUUCUCAGGCUCGACAAUGGUACAAAGCUGCUAUCAAGGCUGAUCCUCUGUGCUAUGAGGCUUUGGAAUGCCUGAUUGAAAGUCAUAUGCUUACAUCUGAAGAAGAAUCGAGUCUGCUUUCUGCACUGCAAUUUAGUCCAGAAGACGGAUGGCUCUCUUCUUUCUAUUCAUGCUUGAUAAAGAAGUAUGACAAAGAGAACACGGUAGAACUCAAGUUCAAGAAGCUUGAGAACGAGACUAGUGGUAGUGUCUCUGGCUCAUCUAUGACCACAUUGGCUAAUAACACUGAUCUGUUGGCCUGUAAAGCUGAGUACUACCAUCAAUGCUGUGAAUAUCAAAAGUGUUUCGAACUAACCGCUGCGCUCCUUGAGAAAGAUCCGUUUCAUCUGAAGUGUACCUUGGUACAUUUGGCCGCUGCCAUGGAACUUGGUAAUUCAAAUGAGCUCUAUCUAAUGGCGUGCAAUUUGGUAAAGGACUACCCUUCGAAGGCGUUGUCAUGGUUUGCUGUGGGCUGUUACUACUAUUGUAUCAAAAAGUAUGCUGAAGCUCGGCGGUACUUUAGCAAAGCUACAAGUAUAGAUGGCUCAUUCUCACCAGCUUGGAUAGGUUAUGGUAAUUCCUUUGCGGCCCAAGAGGAGGGUGACCAAGCCAUGUCUGCCUAUCGCACUGCCGCUAGGCUAUUUCCAGGGUGUCAUUUGCCAACUCUGUACAUUGGAAUGGAGUAUAUGCGAACUCACAGCUACAAGCUUGCGGACCAGUUUUUCAUGCAAGCAAAGGCGAUAUGCCCUUCAGAUCCACUUGUUUAUAAUGAACUCGGAGUUGUUGCAUAUCAUAUGAAAGAGUAUGGUAAAGCUGUGCGGUGGUUUGAGAAGACAUUGUCCCAUAUACCAUCUGUAUUAACUGAAACCUGGGAACCAACUGUGGUCAAUCUCGCUCAUGCAUAUAGAAAGCUAAGAAAGGACCGUGAAGCUAUCUCAUAUUAUGAAAGAGCACUUACACUAUCAACUAAAAGCUUAAGCACUUAUUCCGGCUUGGCUUACACCUACCAUUUGCAGGGGAAUUUCUCAGCUGCCAUCUCAUAUUAUCACAAGGCCUUGUGGUUGAAACCUGAUGAUCAAUACUGUACUGAGAUGUUGAACGUGGCUCUCAUGGAUGAAUGUCAGAAUGGGGUUGAUGCAAAGGUUGAGCUCUGCUAGAAAUUGGUCAGUUAAAUUAACCGCCUUAUUCUAG